GGAGGGGCAGCCGCCGCGGCGGCUCACCGGCACCCCCGCGCCCGCCGGGGCCCUGCCGGCCCUGGUGCCGGGGCUGCAGGGCGGCGAGGCCAGCGCGCUGCGGCACAAGAUCCGUAGCUCCAUCUGCAAAACUGUACAAUCUAAAGUGGACUGCAUUUUGCAAGAAGUUGAGAAGUUUACAGACUUAGAGAAACUCUACCUCUACCUUCAGCUGCCUUCGGGUCCCAACAAUGGAGACAAAAGUGAUCAGAUCUCCAUGUCGUCCAGCCGUGCGCAGCAGAUGCACGCCUUCUCUUGGAUACGGAAUACCUUGGAAGAGCACCCCGAGACAUCCCUUCCCAAACAGGAAGUUUAUGAUGAGUACAAGAGCUAUUGUGACAAUCUUGGCUACCACCCAUUAAGUGCUGCUGACUUUGGAAAGAUAAUGAAAAAUGUCUUUCCGAAUAUGAAGGCUCGUCGUCUAGGCACAAGAGGCAAAUCAAAAUAUCCUUUGAGUGGUCUGAGGAAGAAGGCUUUCGUGCAUAUGCCAACACUGCCCAACCUUGACUUUCAUAAAACUGGAGAUGGGUUGGAUGGGACAGAGCCAUCUGGACAGCUACAAAGUGCUGAUGAGGAAGUUGUCUCUGCAGCCUGCCGGCUUGUUUGUGAGUGGGCCCAGAAAGUGCUCAGCCAGCCUUUUGAUACAGUCUUGGAACUGGCUCGUUUCCUUGUCAAAAGUCACUACAUCGGUACCAAGUCAAUGGCAGCUUUAACUGUAAUGGCAGGGGCACCAGCAGGAAUAAAAGGGAUCCCCCAGCCCUCAGCUUUUAUACCUACUGCUGAAAGCAAUUCCUUUCAACCACAAGUGAAAACUCUGUCAUCUCCUGUUGAUGCCAAGCAGCAGCUGCAGCGUAAGAUCCAGAAGAAGCAGCAAGAACAGAAACUGCAGUCUCCUUUGCCAGGAGAGUCUCCAGCCAAGAAAACAGAAGGCACCACAACCAAUGGUGUAACUAGUAUAUCUAAUGGAAGUCCUGCAAUUCUGUCUCCUCAGCCUAUUGGCAUUGUUGUGGCAGCUGUCCCCAGCCCAAUACCGGUGCCAAGGACCAGGCAGUUGGUGACAUCUCCAAGUCCUAUGGGAUCAUCUGACAACAAGGUCCUGCCACUCAAUGUUCAGGUGGUCACUCAGCACAUGCAAUCAGUCAAGCAGUCACCAAAGACUCCCCAGAACGUUCCUGCCAGCCCAGUUGGUGACCGCUCUGCCCGACAUCGCUACCCACAGAUCUUACCGAAGCCAGCAAAUACCAGUGCUCUCACCAUCCGCUCUCCCACAACGGUGCUUUUUACCAGUAGCCCAAUCAAGACUGUUGUGCCAGCUCCACACGUGAAUUCCUUAAAUGUGGUAAAAAUGACAGCAAUAUCUCUGGCCCCCAGCAGCAGCAGCGUGCCCGUCAAACAGACGCCUUCAGUUAAUAGUAGUGCAGGAGCAGUGGAAGAAGGGAGGACUACUCCACAGAUCAAAAAUGGUUCUGUUGUUUCACUUCAGUCUCCAGGAUCCAAGCCUAGCACUGUUGUAGCUGCAUCUGCAGUUGAGAUCAAAAUGGAACCAGAAGGACUGCUGGAUGAGAACCCAGUACAGGGCCAGGAGAGCUCUGACACAUCUAAAUCCAUAAAGGCAACCCCUGACCUGCCUCCUGCUCAACAGAUUAAUUUUGAGGUUGCAACUGUGAAGGUUUCAGCUGAUGGUGUCGUGGAGGCAAAACCAGUUAAGGGCUGUGAUCAGGGAGCUGAAGAAGCAGGGACCAAAUACAAGAUGCAGUCCAAUGAGAUCACACCGGUUUCUUCAGCAGGCAAUAAUCAAAGCACUCUAAAGCUCUCUGUUGCCAGUCACAACUUGUCCAGCACCAGCAUUGAUUCACUUCCUACUGGUGAGUCUUCAAUUAAAGACAAAAUGUGCACUAAAAGUCCAAGAAAGAGACAGCCCUCUACGCUUCAGGAUUCCCAGGUACCACCUGUCAAGAAACCACUGGUGGGGCAGCUUUCAGCUGGUAAUGCUGAGGAGAGUCCGAAAGCAGACAGUGUUACGAAGGUUCCAAAGGUUGUAUCAUUAGCUAACAGUGACAGUACCACACUUGUUCAAGUUUCCAGCAAGGUACCUGUAAAUGUACCUGUACCUUCUGCAGCUCCAGCAGACUUAGUGACAGACUGUUCUUUGAGCACUGAUUUAAAUACCAGUGAUUCUACUUUAGAACAGCAGCUUGCAUCAGCAUCAUCUCCAGAUAUAAAAGUGAAAUUGGAAGGAAACAUGUUUAUUAUAGAAAGUGAUUCAAAAUCUGAUGGCAGCUUUAACCCAAACGCGUGGCACCAUAUCACCAAAACUUCUGAUUUUGCAUCUGUGAAUUGUGAACAGCAGCAAGAUAUCAGUGUUAUGACUAUUGCGGGACACUCUGGCUCUAGUGACUUACAGGAGACUGCAUGGGAGCCAGUGCACUGUGAGGGUAUACAGCAGGAUGUGUACAACCAGCAGUUACAGAGCCAGAUCCAGGACUCUUCCUUGGGUCAAAUACAAGCACAAUCUUCAAAUCAGUUACCUCUGCAGUCUGAGCUGAAAGAAUUUGAACAUACAGUCCCUCAGUCAAAUGAAAACUUCUUUUCAUUUGAUGAUGACCUAACCCAGGACAGCAUUGUGGAGGAGCUGGUGCUCAUGGAGGAGCAGAUGUCAAUGAAUAAUUCUCAUGCUUACGGUGGCUGUCUAGGAAUGGCACUUCAGAGUCAGACAGCAGCUCAAGGAGCUCCUGUGUCAUCGCACCCGAGCAGCACGCAUUUUUACCAUUCGAUCCAUAACAGCACUCCGAUUCAUACUCCCACUCCCACCCCUACCCCGACUCCCACCCCUACCCCGACUCCAACGCCCACCUCUGAAAUGAUUGCUGGAUCUCAGAACGUGUCACGCGAGAGCCCCUGUUCCAGGCUGGCUCAGACGACUCCUGUGGACAGUGCUCUGGGAAGCAGCCGGCACACUCCCAUUGGCACACCACAUUCAAACUGCAGCAGUAGUGUUCCUCCGAGUCCUGUGGAAUGCCGAAACCCAUUUGCAUUUACUCCCAUAAGCUCCAGUAUGGCUUACCACGAUGCCAGCAUUGUUUCAAGCAGCCCUGUGAAGCCAAUGCAGCGGCCUAUGGCUACCCACCCUGACAAAACCAAACUUGAGUGGAUGAAUAACGGGUACAGCGGCGUUAGCAAUUCGUCGGUUGCAAACCACGGCAUCCUUACAAGCUACCAGGAGCUAGUGGAGGAUCGCUUCAGGAAACCUCAUGCUUUUGCAGUUCCUGGCCAGUCGUACCAAUCUCAGCCACGCCACCACGACACUCACUUUGGUCGUGUGACUCCUGUUUCACCUGUGCAGCAUCAGGCAGCUCCCGUAAGUAGCGCCACCAAGCAGGAGGGCUUUGCAGUUCCUGCUCCUCUGGACAACAAAGGAGUCAGUUCCUCUCUCAAUAACAGCCUGAGAUGCCGGAGCGUGAGCCCUGCUGUCCACCGUCAGCGCAAUCUCAGUGGCAGCACCGUUUACCCCGUUUCCAACAUACCGCGCUCCAACCUGGCGCCUUUUGGAAGUCCAGUGACUCCUGAAGUUCACAAUGUAUUUACUAAUAUCCAUGCAGACACUAAUGCCAAUAAUAUAGCGCAGAGAAGCCAGUCGGUCCCAUUGACUGUGAUGAUGCAGACGGCCUUCCCAUCUCUUCAGAAACAAACAAACGCUAAAAAAAUAACCAAUGUGUUGUUAAACAAACUCGAUUCUGAUAGCGAUGAUGCGGUGAGGGGUUUGGGAAUGAACAACAUGCCCUCAAACUACACGGCCAGGAUGAAUCUCACUCAGAUUUUAGAGACGUCCACUGCUUUUCCUAGUGCCAACCCGCAAAAUAUGAUCAAUUCCAGCACUUCAAUUUAUGAAUUCCAAACACCAAAUUACCUCACUAAAAGCAGCACCGAUCAGAUCAGUUUUUCUUCUGGAGAUAACCAAGCACAAUCAGACAUCGGAGAACAGCAAUUAGAUUUUAGCAGCACUGUAAAAGACCUUUUAGGGGAGGACAGUCUGCCAACAAACCAGCAGCUGGUGAAUCAGGUGGCAUCAGAUCUCAGCGUUACAUCUGUCUUUUCCAGCGACAUCAGGUUGUCUUCCGAACUCUCAGGCAGCAUUAACGAUCUGAACACUUUAGACACAAAUCUACUGUUUGAUCCAGGUCGUCAGCAGGGACAAGACGAUGAUGCUACACUGGAGGAGUUAAAAAAUGACCCCUUGUUUCAACAAAUCUGCAAUGAAUCCAUGAACUCAAUUAAUACAUCAGGUUUUGAGUGGAUGGAGAGCAAGGAUCAUCCUGCUGUUGAAAUGUUGGGUUAAUAUUGUUUUAUAGUAUGUAUGUAGCACACUGUAUGUGAAAGACAGACGUAUCGUAUUUGUCUUAAUGGAAGUGCCUCCUGCAGCAGAAACACUUGCUAUGUAUUGUGGCAUUUAAAACAAAAAAAAAAGUUUGCUGUACCAGUUGCUCAUUCUUCAGCAGAGAAAGGGCAGUCUUACCAAUUUCAAAACAAAUCUCUGAAGGUGAUUGGGCUGUCAAAGAGCCAGUAUUGCUUUUUUAAAUUUGAUAGUGUUUCCCAUUCAGCAUUUCUUGUUGUAGUAAAGAAGUGGUUAAUAGCUAGCAACAAGAGCUCUGGUUGAGGCAGCGGGGGGGUUUUGGGUUGAGCUCAUAGGUAGGCUUUCCAUACUAAGUAUUGCUCGUUUCUUCUAAGUAUGUGAUUCAUACUGACCUCUGUCUGAAAUGCAGGGUGCCUGCAGGUGUGUAGGGGAUGGGCAGUGGAUACAAGUGAACCAGGGGGCACGCAGCACAGGUGCCUGAUCACUGUGUAGCUAUGGUGAGUACUGCCUGGUGGUGAACUGGUGCCAUUUGUAUCUCUAGAGAGACGCAGAGAUAGAAAAAAUGACAGGAAACGGGCGUGAUCAAGGAAAAAGAAAGGUGCACUAAUUUUUUAUUUAAGAGAAAGAGAUCUGUGUGGUUAUUUUGUCCAUUAAUGUUUCUGACGUUGUACUUGAUGCUUUAGUUCUCACUUCAGUGCUUUUAUAUCAGGCAAAAUUGCUGAGAAAAGAUUUUAGCGCUGAGGUUUAAUCUAGGCAUAACACCUUAUUUUAAAAUGAUAGGUACUAUUUAAUUAUUUAUCGAAGCUAGAGAAGUGAUGUGAUAUCUUCCCUCUUUUUUUAAAAAAGAGCUGCUAGAGCUCAUUGAAAUACUAUUUUUAAAGAUUCGUUUUUAAGUUUGCUCUUUUCUAACAGUGGAGAGUGUAGGAAGAUGUUCUUUCCUCUAUAUUUCAGUAGGUUGAGCCUGUCUUGCUCUCUUUUAAAUAAAAGAUGAUUAAAAUAUUAUAAAAUGUGGUGGAUCUAAAAAUAUUUUGUAUACAGCCAUAAUACUGCCAGGCACUUUAUAGAUGUGAUCUCCUUUUGGAUAAAAUUUAUUUUAAAAGUGCUUGCUGGUUUUAGAAGCCUGAAUUCAGUUUUCACUGAAUGAUUUGAGAGGACUGAUGAAUCGAAUUUUUGUUACAUGUCCUUAGCUACCCCCUUUGAAAAUGGAAUUUAAACUUCUAACUCACCAGUUUACUUAAACCAAAAAAAAAAAAGGCCUUUUGUUUUAUCAGCAUGGCACGAGUCUGAUGAUGAAGAGAGAGGUGCUUGACCAGCCAUGGCCCUGAUGCUAGAAAGAGGACUUGCAGAAUCAAGCUGUUAAGAAAUAGUUGUUCUGAGAAUGCUACAGUACCAUCUCUUAAGCUUAGUAUAAAAUUGGUUAUUUCUCUUGUGAACUGACAAACUGAAAGCAGAGCAGAAGACAUUUUCCUCUCUUGCAUUCCUCCUUUGAAUAAGAGGUCAUGAAUUUAUGAAUGGGAAGGCACAAGAAGCCCCCCUAGAUUUACUAAGGAAUAGAUGCUCAGAUUAUUGUUUUUAAUUUCUGUUUUUUAAAGUGACUUAGUGGUCAUUUGUUUCUUCAGUUUUUGCUAAGGACUUGAUCUCAGUCCUGAUUAAUUUUUUUGGCGGUGCUGAUCUGAAUUGUGCUGCUGCAUUGUCACUUCAGGUGCUGGUGUAUCAUGCCUUCUCUUGCUCUUGCCCUGAUCGACCACUGGUCUGUGGCUGCUUCUUCGGGGGCAAAACUGUUGUGACAAACUGUAGCGCCUUACAGGGAGCGUGAGUUCACUGUGCUUGCAUCAGAAAUUUUGCUGCUUUUGCUUAGGAAAAGACGUGGAGAGUUUGGGUUGCUCCUUGAAGCAUAGGGAUAUGCAAUGGUGUGGUUUAAGUCACCCUUUUAAGUUAGUUAAGGAAGAGGUUAGGAAUCUAGAAACUGCACAGUAGGGUUCUUUUAGGUGUCUACAGUAAGGCUGGAACCAUUUUUCCUUUAGGCACAAGUUGCCAGUGGCUGGGCUUGAGUUGCAUGCCUGUCCACGGCCUUUAGCCAGAGGUGUGGCUCACCAUCCUCUUGCCUUGUUGACUUGGCUGGGUCUGAGACACGCUCAGCACUUCUUUUCUCUGACCCUGUGUGAAGUGCUGGUGAAUAUGUGAACCCUGCUUUCCAGUGUGGAGGGGGAGAACUCGAGCUCCAUCUGUGCUGUGGCAGUCUGCACCAUGUGCUGGCCUGGCCCCCGUGUUGCUGAGACUGACGUGGGCUUGGUGUAAACAAGUUCUCACCUAACUUUUUUCACUAGUUUUUCAGAACAUUUCUCACUAAAACAAGAGUAGAUUUGAAGCUGAUGCUCUCUAAAUUAUGCAGCCGUCACCAAAGGUUUUUAAAGUACCUUUUACAUGGUUUUAAAUACAAGCAUUACUUUGAACCUAACAAGUGAUUUGAUUAGCAGGAAUAUUCAGUGAUCAGUGGAUUUAAAGCAAAUUUAUGUUUAAUUGAAGAAGUGUUCUAUUCGGUAAGGGUUCUUUCAAGUGAAAUCCAAGGCACAGACACGGCUUUGUACAUUGGUAUGUGUCCUUUUAGCAGUGUUUUUGUGUUGGUGUUAUAACUGAUAUUCUAUGAGGUCCCUGUAUUUAGUGCUUGUUAGUUCUUUACGUUGAGACAGAGCACGUCUGCACACCAAAGUAUGCAAUACCCAAAGGAAGAUUCCAUUAUCUUAGCAAAUGGAAGCCUGUCUGUCAGAUACUCCAGAACAAAGAAGAUGAGACAGUUCUGACCCCUUGUUUACAUAAUUGGCUUCCAAAUAAGACGAUAGAUACUUUUGAUAGCAGUUUUUGCUAAAAUAUACAAACUAGUGAACUUGUACACUGUGUACAGUAUUGCAGCAAACACUUUAAAAUUGGUUGGUUAGUCCAGCAAACUAUCUGGGUUCAUGUAUUGCACUAAUAUUCUGUUGAACCUGUGGCAGGCACGUUCCUUAGGAUAAAUGCAACAAAUACGGCCAACAGAUUUAAAUAAAAUAAUAAAUAAACAAAAAAACCCACAAAAAAUAAAACGGAAAAAAAUCUAAUGUGUUUCAUCAUUAAAAGGCAAAAUGUCAUUAAAAGUGACAGGUGAAAUUGUCUUAUGUAGCAAUGUGCAUUGAUCUCAAUGAGAUAUUUCUAUUUCUUAUUCUCUUAAAUGAGAAUAUUACAGCAGGAAAAAUCAAGUUUAGUUUGCUUCACCAUGUUAAUACAUGAUCACAAAAUGUGCAUGAGUGUUAAUGACUUAAUCUUGUACAGUACUAGAUAUAUUCCUGUAACCACUUUUUUUUAUUCUUUGCUGUAUUGAAGCUGGUUCGGUGUUAACCAGGUGAGCAUAGUUAUUCACAAGUUACUUACUUUUUUAUGUUAACUAAUUCAGCUUAGUUAUUGUUGAAUAUGUUCCUUUUUUGGAUUCUUUUUUAUUGUUCGGGUGUUGAAAGAUAUUUUUGCAUCAUUUUAUCAUGAUAAGAAUUCAUGAAGUAAAUAAUUUGCAAAUAAUUGCAAUAAGCACUGACUUCUGAACUGAAAAGAAGGAAAGCGUUUCUUGUGCAGUGCAUCCAAGGUUCAUAUAAUAAUCUUGUACUAUACCGUGCUUUAUUAACUGCACCCUAAGGAAAAAACAAAUCCCUGUACUACAUUUUCAUUAAAUGCAGGAAAUCCAGUUUUCCCUCUCUCCCGCAGUGUUUCGUUGUCUGUUGUACUGCUGAAACUACAGUAGUUGAAUAUUGCAGUAGCAUUUCAGUUAUUUUUUUUAUUGAAAGUGCUCAAAAAUUGUUUUUUAAAUGUUUUCAAAAAUAAAAACAUUUUAUAUUAAAAUGA